UUCGAUUCAUUCAAAAAGACCAGAAGCCGAGUUGCCGUGAGGAUCUUACUACUGCCCCGCGCGCACAUCAGAUUGAUCAGUUUAAUCGAAAUAAACUCUUGGAUCUUAUUUUAACACAAAAAAGGACCGUUCAACAGCAAGAUAUUGACAAAAGAAGAAAGAAAAACACCAGCGGAUUUCAAAUGUUUCCGUAUGGGAAGUUACACUUUUAAAAGGAAUUAGCCAAGAAACCAGAACAAAGUUUCCCGGGCACUGAGGGGCCAGGACUCUGAGGUAGACAGGGACAUGUACCAGGGAUUCCCCGGUGGCUUUGACUCCGGCUCCCGUGACAGCUCUUCCCCCUCCGCUGAUUCAUUCGCAAGCCCUCCGACCACCACUGCUUCACAAGAGUGCACGGCAGCAGCGUCAGAGAUGCCUGGCUCAUUUUUACCCACCGUGACGGCCAUCACCACCAGCCAGGACCUUCAGUGGAUGGUCCAGCCCACGCUCAUCUCCUCAGUGGCCCCGCAGCAGCCCUCGGCCCCCCUGGCCAUGUCUCAUCAGGGCCCACACCUGGAUCCGUACGAUCAGCCCAGCACCAGCUACAGUGCGGGUUACACCCCACCCAGCGCCGAGGCUCCAGGGCCUAGCAGGCCCACGCGAGCGCGCACACGUCGGUCCCACGAAGAAACUCUCACCCCAGAAGAGGAGGAGAAGAGGCGCGUCCGCAGAGAACGGAACAAACUCGCCGCGGCCAAGUGUCGCAACCGCCGGCGCGACCUGACUGACCGGCUGCAAUCGGAGACAGACCAGCUGGAGGAGGAGAAGGCGGAGCUGGAGGCUGAGAUCUCGGAGCUGCACAAAGAGAAGGAACGACUGGAGUUCAUGCUGGUGGCUCACCAGCCUACCUGCAAAAUCCCCUUUGAGGAGCAGCAGCAGCAGGGGCCAGAGCAGCACCAGGCAGCUGGGCCUUCCGUGUCCAUCCUGGGGCUGUCUGUCAAAGAAGACCCCUUCUACCUGCCCCCCGCCUACCUGCCUCCCCCCCACGAGCAGCUCCACCACCCCCCCCAGCAGGGGCUGAUGUCAACGGAGCAAACUCCCGGGACGUCCUCAAUGACUCCGGCAGUUGGAUCUUCAGAAGAGGAGGAAGAGGACUCAGCCCAAACCACUCCCACCACCACUGCCUCCUGGUUUUUUGACUGAUUGGAAUUGAGUAUAACCGCCUCCCCCUCCCUCCCCCGCCUUCUUCCUUCUCAACCUCCCAGCUCCUGUCUUAGCAAUCUGGGGGGAGAGCCACUUAGAAAGCCCAGGGGAAGAGCUGUGAAAAGGAGGGGCUGGAGAUGAUGGCAUGGCAAGGUAUUAUAUGGCUACGCUCAGCAAGAACAGGCACAGCUAGUGCUGAUAGCGGCGUGUUUUCAAAGUGGCGUAUCAAGGAGCGAGCGUGCAUCCUGCAAUCUUUAAAAACGAUUUGUGUUAUUUACAGAUAAGAGCAAUGUCGUGCGUUGGAACUCAAUGGAGUGAAAUAUAAAUGUAAUUGUUUGGAACAAAUGCCCAGUAACUGUGUACAAUACCAGUCAGCACAAUGUCUUCAACCACUUCACCGUGACUCAUCUUCUCUUUGACUUGAUAACUUGAGAGCUUACAAGCUAAACAUCUCACAACUGUAAUCAUAGUUGUACAGCAGUGCCGAGCUCAGCAGAACUCUAGGUCUUGUUAUUUGUUAAAGAAAAGCAGAGCUGAACCUGUAGGACUGGGAGGCUGCAGCACUUCCUCUGUUGAGGCUCCUUCCCUGAAACUUUUCAUAACAUAACACUAAUCAUAACAGCUUUCUACACAUUCAAUGAAUGUACUCCUAUAAUAUACUUGGAGCACACCCCUAUUCUGUGCUUGCAUGUUGUGGGGUAUUUGUGCUGUCACUUAUUAGAUACAUUUCGUACCCAAUAGCCUGGAACCAGCUCUCCUAUACUUAUCCUGCCUCCAGACAAACGAUUCAAUGUUUUUCCCAAUCAAACAAAUUGUAUACAAACAACAUUUCAGCUUGCAAUCUUUAAAUACUGCAUGGCUUAAUAAGUAAUGCAAUACUAGCUU